UUUUAAAAACUUACAAAUAAUUCAUGUCAUACAAACGAAAUGAGUGUUUUGUAAAUUAAAUGAAAAGCUCCUCUUGUUUGCAUCCUUAAUUCUUCUUCGUGUUUUAUACACCAAACACUAUGAGGAAGUGAGUUUUUUUAAAAGCGGAGCCUCCAUUACUAUAGAAAUCGGAAACCCAUCGUCAGCGUACACCUGACCUUCCGCCACCCGUCCGCCCCUACAUACUGGCAGUGAGGGACUAGGUAGACACGAAAUCCUCCCCUCCUCCCCUGGAGAGUUUUUUGUCCCCGCGUAUUUCAAAACGCUUUUGAAAUGAUUGACUUUACUUUUCAACGCAUAGACCAAAUCCGUACUAGCUCAGACCAUGACACAGACAAACUACUGAUCACCAAAGAAGCAUACUGAAGCGCGCAUUAUUUUCUCUUACGCCGUUUGGAUAUUUUUAUCCUUAAAGACUAGUUAUUAUUGUAAUGCGCUUUUGAUUAUUUAUAUAGAAACGGCGCACUAUAAAUAAUAAAUGUUGUUGUUGUCGUAGUUGCAUAUUAAAUCCUGAACUUAGCUAAGUUGAGCAGUAACCUCGUCCCCAGCGGCUUCCCAAUUCCGCCACAGCCGUGUUGGAAAAUAAGAAAACACUGGGGACGAGGUUGGUUGAGCACAUGUUCAGUCAUAUCACUUGCACCGGAUCACCUUGGAGUCACGUGACCUAAUUUGCAUACUGAAUGUUUUUUGAUAUCAAAUCAGGGCCCCUGGGCUCUGAUCAAAUCGAUUACAAUUUUCUCUAGUUAUACAACUGAUUCGUCCGCAAUUGUAUGAUGCCUGCUCUUUCUAGAGAUAAUUUAAGAUAGAUGCAAAUAAAUACUAAUAAUAAUAAACAAAGGCUGCCACGAAGUUUCUGGGUGUAAUUUUUACUUGAGCAUAUAUUAUCGAUGGGAAAAUUCUGCAAAGGUUUACCACUAAUAGUAUUGUUUUUCUUUUCAGGCACUGGUUUAGCGUUUUCUGGGGGUGGCAUUAGGUCAGCGGCUGUUUGCUCCGGAGUCCUCCGCGAACUGCUGGGGAGUGGAGUUGAAGUGGAUUAUUUGAGUUGCGUAUCAGGGGGUGGUUACACAGGCACAGCUUACCUGGACUGGAAAUAUCACGAAGAGAGGAAGGCAAGAAGUAGGAAGAGUGAUUGGUACAACAAGUUCUUUGGGAACAUGACACAAAGAUCAGGCUACAUUUGUGAUUGGACUAAGUGGUGGAAAGGGAUCUUAGACACUAUUGUCUUGAUCGGUCUGUUAACUCUAGUACUCGUGGUCCAGCCAGUGGUCAAAUGGGGCGCUUAUGCGUGUCCAGUAGCAUUUAUUAUUGAUUUCUUGUUUGGAAAAUUUAUGCGAAGAUCAGCUGACUGCGAUGUUGCUUUAGAAAGGCAAAAAGAAAUGAAUGAAUCUUCAGUGCCAAACAUUGAUUUCAUUAACCUUUGUCUGAGCGGAAAUCACAAUUUUGAUAUCACUUUGACGUUUGUUAUUCUGGUCUUUCUUUUUCUUGCCUCUUAUACCAUCCCAAAGUGUACAGAAGUGAAUCGAUUUUGGAGAGCCUUCUUUCUGCUGUGUGAAUACCUUUCUGGUGGGCUGUUGAUGUUCACUUUUAUUCCGUUCGCAGUGUACGACUUUGUAGCGAAUCUUCCUUGGUGGACGCAGCUUUUUGUUGGAAUCAUUGUGAUGAUUGUAUGGGUUGCAAUUCCGGUGCUGCGUCGCAAGACAUCCUACUUCCUGAUAAUCUACACCUAUUCGUACGUCGUAUAUUGGAAAGUGUUUAAAAUUCCUGUUGUCUAUAUUAAUUACGAAGAUGAUCUUUUUCAUUGGUUAUUAUGCGCUUCUGGAUUGGUCUUGCUGAUUUCCCCUUUCACGACAGCUUUACAAGAAAGGCUGGUGCAUGUCUACAACAGGUAAAAUUAGAAAAACUGUUUGUACUACUAGAGGAAAUUCUUUUGACAAUUUUUCUUUGGAUUUGUACAGUUGGUGACGUUCGAAGUAAAAAACCAGAGAAAAACGACCUUUAGUAUAUAUUUAUCCCUUUCAGAUCCUUCGAUUUGCAGAAAUGUAUUUAAAUAAAUAAAUAUACUGAAAUAAUGGUUUAGUAAGAGGACAAUCGCUCCAAACGGUGAAUUUAUACAGUAUCUAAUACUUGAAAAUCUAAAAAUACUAAGUAAAUUAAAAUCAUUGUUACAACCUGCAGGGGACAGGUAAAGUUAACAAAAUUCUGUUAUUGUCCCGCAUUUAUAUCCAAAGGUUGUUGUAAUGGUUUUGAGUAUACGUAAUAAAUAAUCAUGUGACAAUAACUGGGCCCUGGUCGGGGUAGCCUCCCGCGCAGGUGUUCUUAGGGGAGCUCGUAUUUCGUCCCUCCCGUAGGAGGCAAUGGUCGGGAGAGCUGGAUAUGAUUUACAAAGGAAGACCGGCCAGAAAUUCAUAAACUGGCUUACUACAUCAUUUCGCCUGGUUUGGAGGCACUGGAAAAAAAGUAACAGCAAGAACACCUAAAUAAGAAAGAUCAGGAUGCAACAUUCUGAGCCUGACCCGCUUUUGAAUUUUCUCGAUCAUGUCGAGAAGGUAACCGUAUCCUAGCAGAACAAGAGUACUUGAGGAUCGAGCGAAUAACAGUAAAUACAGUCGAACCUCUCCAUAAAGGCCACCUUGGGGACAGAGGAAAGUGGCCAUUGUGGAGAGGUGGCCGAUAUGGGGAGGUAGGGGUGUAAUAUCAACAAAUUUUUUAGGGGAGUACAACAUGUUUAUUGUGGUAUAUUCGUGCUUACUGUAUCCCAUAAUGAUAAUUUCAUCAUAUAUAAAACGUACAGAGAGAUGAAAUACAAAAAAUUCUUGAACAAAGUUUUCAUCAGAAUCAAAUGGUUAACAAGACAAAGUGAGCAAAGUUCUCAACAUUCUCUGUAAGUAUCGUAGACAAUUUAUGAGUACUGCAGCAGUGUAUGUAUGGAACCCAAUCAAAAUACGAAUGCCACGAUUAGUCAUCAACGAGCCAUACGAAUCAAAUUUAAUGACUAUUCUUGACUUUUUCAUCUGUCGCUGAAAACACUGUCCGUUGUCGAGAGGAUAAUUUGGCAGUUGGGGACACGCUGUAGUGGCCGUUGCCGUUGUAGAGAGGUUUAAACGAGAGUAAAUGUAUGGACUGUCCGCCGAGACAAAAAAGAGUGGCCGUUGUGGAGAGGUAGCCUUUACUACUGUGGAGGUUGGACUGUAUUAAGAUGGGGAUCAAAACAUAGGAAGAGACACCAGAAAUUCGCAAAACACUUGGGAGCUUUCUUACACAUCAAGUCUAUACGUUAAAAAGUCGAGCAGCGAGCUAACUAAAGUGUACUUUACCUUUGCAGGUGGAGGUUACAGAAAGCGUUUUACCACGAGAAAAGUACUGGACGAUGUGGAUGUUCAGGUAUUGGGCUACGGCACAUUUGUCCUCUAUGGUUAUGCUGCUGCUCAUGCGGUUCGCAGAACGCGAGUAGUGAUACCGAGGUUAGACCACUCACGUUAGCAGAUCUGAAAGACAUGAAACCCCAAUACUUAUCCAACAUAGUGGUGAACCGAUGGAAGAAAAGUGAGGGGGACAGACUAAAUUAUGCGCUUUUGACAAUGUCACCCACUGGUAUCGAACGUUUUGACCAGCACGGAGAAAACCAGUUCGAAGGCAAAUUGGAACCUGGAGAUAUCAUGUUAUCAGAUGCAAUGGCGACAUCUGCAGCAGCUCUUUCCAAUCACAUGGGAAAAUAUGAAGGUUCUAUCGAAGGACUGAAACGCCUUCACACAAUUCUUGGACUCGAAAUGGGAGCUACUGUGACAGGUGACACAAAAUACGCAAAACAAGGUUGGAAGGUAGUCAUGGAUUUUUUAUCAAUUUAUCAUAUUGUGUAUUUUUCUCCUACAUGUAAUUAUUAUAACAACUGUUUUAUUAUUAUUAUUAUUAUUAUUAUUAUUAUUAUUAUUACAUUACAAAUGCGUUGUGAAUUAACAUUUUCAAACUACUGUGUUCUCCCGGUCGAAGUAUUUAUCUGAUCUCUGUUUUGUCCAUAAGAGUAAAGAUGCAAAGCCUACAACUUGCACCAGGGUUUUACAGUAAAUUUGUGAAAACAGGUGAUUCGUUACCUCGGCUUUUAUCUUGCAAUUACCUUUUAACAAGAAAACCACUUCUCGAGCGUUGGCCUGGGUUUUAAUUCAUCUGUUCGUAAUAUUCUUGAAGAUCUGGCACCACAAUCCUUUCUGUUAUUAUUGCGAUCACCGCUUUCAUUAUCACAAUUAUUUUGAAUAAUAUUAGUAGUCUAUGUUAUCAUGACUUUUAAUCCAAACUUGUCGUUGUUAUGAAGUCUUGAUCUUUUAUUUUCACAAAGUAUCAUCACAUCAUCAUCAUCAUCAUCAUCAUCAUCGUCAUCAUCCUCCUCAUCAUCAUAGCCUACGUCACAGGCCCUUGGAAGAAAUGGGUGCAAGAAAGAACGGGGCGCGCGAGGGAGACAUGCGAGGGGACAGGGAGCGCCUGCCUGAGAGGUCCAUGAAAAUCGUUUCCCGCCCCCAGUCCAAUUAUCCAGUAGCCGCUGCAUGAUCUGUCAAAAAUUUCAACAGAAAACGAUCCGGAUCGACCUCGCACAAACAAAGAGUGUCAAAGCGCGUUGCAUUUUAUAUCCUCAGUCUAAAUAUCUGUUAUAAAGAUCAGCUACGUUACGUGAUUAUAAAGCGGUGGAGCAAUGACAAACACACAGCAUUAAAUCGUUUAUAAAACCAAAGGCACGAUAAAUACGAAAAAACAUAGUCAAAACUGGAUAUAUUUAAAGAACGCGUGCUGUUUAUAAUAAAAAGCAAAGUGUCAGCCGAUUUUUGAGCAGACAUGUCUUACUAAACGGACCUAAAGUUCAGGACUCAAACUGUACUGAGACGUUUUUAUAAGCUAUAGUAACUAGAUAUUAGCAUCAGUCGUCGCAUUCGAGCGAAUAAUAUAUAACGAAAGGUUUUUUGAAAUUCAUGCCCCUCAGCGGAAAGUGGUUCAUUUCAUCAAUCCUGUCCAGGUCCUGAUGGUAUCCGUUCCAUCGAAAAUGCAAGCCGCCAAGUUCUUUUUGAACAAAGAAUAUUUCCGCUGAUCUUCAUUUCAACAAUUCGACAAAUCCUUUGUCUUAACCGCUUCUGCUAAUGCGUAUCUGAUGUCAAGUCGUUCCUUUGUGAAUAUCGUUUAAACACUCCAACUUUUUUUGAGAUUACGGCCACAUAUUCCCAUUGCAUUAGAGACCUCCAGGAUCUAAUCUUCGAUUAUAUCAUUUAGUGGUGUAAUAAGACCUUCACUGCUUUGUAUUGUACUGCGUGUUUACAAGCGAUCUCGUCUUUUCUUUGAUUGACAGUUUUCUCGCUUAACGCGAACACUUAUCCCGUCGGGAGCCUCUUAACCAACAGUAAUUUUCCGGACUCUCAGAAAGCUAGUAAAAACGAUUUUCAUGGGCCUCUCGGGCAGGCGCUCCCUCUCUCCUCGUGUGUCUCCCUCGCGCGCCCAGUUCUUUCUGGCGCCCUUCACUUCCACGCUUCUGAUACACAAGCUAUCGUCAUCACAGCUAUCAUCCUCAUCAUCGUCUUAAUCACUAAUCUAUUGAUUUUUUUUCUUUUCUUUCUUUUUGGUUUUAACUCAACAGAUACUGGCGUGUCUUUUACAUGUUAUUCGUGGAGCUCCCUUAAUUAUCCCAACAGUGUUUCAAUUGAUUAUGCCUUCAAACAUCGAGCUAGUCAUUAUCAUUUCAAUGGGAGCCUUCGUAUUAUUGCACGUCUUUCUAGCCUUCAUCGCAGGCAUUGACACAGGAGCAGAGGAACCAAAAUGGUUGGAGAAAAUUGCCAGGUGAGAGUUUGUUUGGUUUAUGGUUCACGACAAUAAGUAGUUAUAGCUAUCAAUUGCAACAUACGCUUAUAGCUGUCGCAUUUGCCCGCUGGAAUUUUUCAUUAUUUUUAAGCCUAAAAACAAUUAAAAAAAAUUCCAGCAAAAAAUGCGACAGCUAUACGUGUAUGUUGCAAAUGAAUCCGCCCGACGACUAGUUCAAGACGGAAUGAGCACGGGAUUCACAAACACGCUCACGGCUCAUGGAUUCUCUGUUCUGUAUCACGCGUUCGCUCGUCCGUAGGUAGUAAGUGGUAGUUCAACAAUAGUUUUUUCAGUAGCGUUCUCAGUGCAGUCUAGAGCCCGUUGAAGUGGAAUCCUGUUGAACGGUGAUCUCACAUCAAAAGACACUAGUUUGUGGUCGUCAGGUAUCUGUACCAUGUUGUCUUCGUUGCGCCAAUAAAGUUCUCAGUAGACUGCAGUUUAUGUCUAGGUUCGUCAGUCAAAGGUUUCAAUACGUUAGUUACGUAUUUAGACAGUUGGUAAGUCCAGAUCGGGGACCCACAGAAAGAAACUAUGGGCUGCAUAGGUAUGUAUGUAUGUUCUGUGAGUCCCCGAAUCAAUUAAAUGCAUCGAGGUAGUCGUGAUAGAAAAUUUGGUUUGAUCUGUGCAUAGAAGGAUGCCUAGGAAGCAAAAACCUGCAAGUUAUGAAAUUCCGACCGAAAUGAAGACUGUUGAAAAUUGAAUCUAACAUCUGCUAGUUGGUCAUUUUAAAUUAUUGUUUUUUUCCUCAAAUUAGUCACUAAAAAGCCUAGAUAACAUUUCAGUGAUAAAAAAAUUGAUGAAGUAAUCUUAAAUUAAGUGUAGUACACAAAUUCAACAAUUUAAAAUAGAAAUAAAACCAUUUUUGUAGAAAAAUGCAAAUUUUCAAAAACAUGGUUGGCAAAACUAGGUUGCCAUGGUAGCGUCAAUGUUGACGUGCACGUCACAGCGACUUAAAAAUGUUCCCAGAUAAAAUUUAGGAAAAUUCGCUUCAGUUUGGCAGUCAGGGCUUGAACGGUUUUGAGGUUAUUCAACUUUUUAGUAAGGGGGGGGGGGUCAAAAGCCCCCCGGUCUGAAUGGGGUUAAUUAGGCCCCCAAAAAGGAUUCUUGCAAGUCAUGCAUACCUGAAAUCUAAGACAGCAUGUGGGAAGAACGAGCGAAAUAAUCAAAUAUCUAGCGUAUAUAACUUUUCGUUUUUUGAAGUGGAGAGAAGAAGCAACAAAAGGGUAAUUCUGUUCAUUUGCAGGUGGUUCAUUGUGCACAAUUCUUUCGUCUACAAUGUGAGAUUAUUAUUCUCCAAGGACAACAUUGGGCCAACGCCACCAGCAGUGUUGCUACUCAGCGACGGUGGUCAUUACCAAAAUCUCGCCAUUUUGCCACUGUUACAGAGGAAACUGAAAAGGAUAGUUGUUGUCGACGGAGGAUAUAAAGACGAAGAGGAAGCAUAUGGAGAAGAUAUUCUGGAUGCACUGAUGCUCGCUCGUGCUGAGCUGAACUGCUCCUUUUAUGGUAAAGACGGUAAAGAUGUCAUUACAGACUUGAUGCAGAUGUUUGUUAGGCCAGAACGGGAAGGAAAACCGCGUUAUUACAAGUAUGCAACUCCUGCCUUUUUUGUACUUUAUGAUCCAUAAAAUGAUCGUCUUUCUGCCUUUAAGAAUAUUUGUUCACAACCGAUUUCAAGGGGAGAGUAUAGGUUGGGGAUAAGGAGGAGGGGCGAUUCAUUUGUGUUCACUUGGACAGUACCUUUUGUUAUGAAUCUCUUUAACAUUUUUCUCUCUACACGGGUUUAUAAGAAGUUCUAGGUCUCGAAAAUGAUACUGUCGAAACGUACUUGCCACGUCAUGAUAGACAGCGAUUAUAAGUUUAAGAGUAAAGGUGAUCUGAAACUGUCACUCGUACUGAAUCUCCCACGUGACAGUCAAACGACGCCAUCACAGACCGGGACCGCACCAAACCUCGAAAGCGGCAGCAUGUGCAAUGACAGUUUGGUUAAUUUACAAUGACUUGGUUGGUGCUCUUGGUUGGUGCUAAUUCUCCCUUUACAAAACAUGACCAGUAAACAUACCAAUCAAAUUAUGAACACGUUGACACAAAAUGUCAAAUCACGCGUCACAAUAUUAUUUAUGACGUCGUUGAUAUUUGCAUUUUUUAUAGGGAAAGUUUUCGAAAGAUCUUGGAAAGGAGAAGAUAUUCUUCCAUUACUCAAAUACUUGCUAAGAUAUGAAAUGUUGAAUUUGGAAAAAAAUUGGGCACCGUUUGUGUUAUAGGUCUAAGGUUAAGUCUUUUAUAAACUCAAUAUAAGUAGCACAGUAACUAUCUCAAUUAUCGGAAACUAAAACAAAAAAAUCAAACCGUAAAUUCCCUCCAAUGCCAAGACCUCAGAGACGCCUCAGAGAUGCCAAGAAGAAGUUUUUGAGCCACGAAACGAAAAUCGUAUGAUGGUAUAGCCUGAGUAUCAGGCGUUUCUGGGAGAAAAGAGGAAAGAUGGAAGGCCUGAUACUCAGGCUAAUGAUGGUACUUCUUUCCGUAACUACCGAGUUUUCAGAGUUUAACUAGCUCCGCUGGUAAAGAUCGUUUAGCAAAACGCAUUCUUAGCAAUUAAAUUUUUCAUUAAACGCGUUCCCCUGGAGUCAUGCCAUGAGACUUUAUAAAUUGACAUGAAACGUAAAGUAGCAUUUGGCGAGUCGUUUUUAGAAGAAAAGUAUGGUUUUAGCGUUUUACUCCCCUUUUGAAAGCUCUUUCAUAUCACAUAACUUUGUGCUGUUUUGGUGACAUUAUUAGUCGUAAUGUCAUACUCGACAUCUUACGUGAAUAAUUUGGUAGAAAAUCGUACACUCAUCUUUGGCAAGUUUGGUAAAUAGAAUGAAAAGUAAUGUGAAUAGAGAGGAGAAGUCGUUACGUCACGUUGCCUUGGUAGCAAAUUUUUUGGAUGACAACAAACCGAAAAUUCACCAAAAAGAGAAUCUGCACCGCUUCAAACUUCAUCGAUCUUAUUUCCGAAACGACCGUAUCUAAGUUUAGAAAAAGGAAAACGAAAAUUUUUGAGUUGGUUCACCGACUCCAUGAAGCGGGCGCUUGAAAUUAGAAAGUUUCAUGUCGCAGUCGUGCAACCACGGCAAAGAAAUGAACAAAAUAGCAUGAUGCACGUGCAAAUUUGUUUUUUGUCAAUAAAAACCUUUUACUUUUUUGCCUCUCUCCUUCCGUCGCCCUUGUCGUUGGUUUUGUUGUCAUCCAAAAAUGGUGCUACCAUGGUGAUGUGACGUCACACUUCUCCUCUCUAUAAAAUGUAAAAUUAGCCUCACGGAUGCCUUUGAGAGGUGGUUUGUCCCACCGUGUAACAUUCAUUUUAGAAACCUAUCAGAGUCCAGUAACAUUCUGCAAAUGUUUCUUUUAUAAUUAAACAGAUUUAAAGUCCACUACGAUAACGAUAAUGACAAUGAUCCGGAACGCACUGGAGAAAUCAUUCUUCUCGUACCAAGGAAACAAGAAAAAAACAAGGAUUUAACUGGCUGCUGCUGUGAGUGUUGUCAUCACAAAUCAUGUUUAUGUGCUUGUUUGUCCAGCAACGAUCAGUUCCCACAACACCACACGGGCAACCAGUUCUUCACACCCCGGAUGUUCUCUGCUUAUCACGAAGAAGGACGCCUGGCCUGCAAAGAGGCUAAAGCUGAUGAGUUUUUGAAAGCUGUUUGCUCUGUAGUUGAUGUGAGAGACAGUUCGGAAGAACCAAAUAGACCUGCCUUUCAGCCUCCGCGUGGCGCAGGCAGGUCUAAGUAUAACGAAAUUCCAUUACACGAGAGAUCACGACAGAAGUAAAGUUAAAAAAGUCCUAGCACUUGAGACUUUAUAACUCCUAGACAUAUACAAAGACUAAAGUCACUCGCCGAGCAAAGACUCAGGGCGCAUAAUCAAACUUCUUUUAGACAACAUUAAACCAAUAGAAGCUUUUAGGUAGAUUUUUAGAGAUCAUUGCACUUUACGAUGAAUAGAAGACUCAUCUGCCAGCUGAUCUGCUAUACUGUAGAAAAACUGGGCAUAAUCCCUAGAAUUGCAGUGAUGUAGAAUAAUACCAGCAGACUUAAGAAUAAGUUCCAGAGAUUGGACUUUAUGCGCUUGCACUAGUAUUGUACCCGAGCUGUUUGAAUAAUAUUAGCUUAUCGUCGAAAAAAAAACAUGUAAACUGUUUUUGGCAGACUCUUUCUGUUUGGACCAAAUCAAACAGGAUUCGCAAAACUCCAAGACCAUUUUCUUGGAGGUGUUAGUGCAGGGAGUUCAAUAGGUUAUUUUUUUGCAGUAAGAGUUAAGGUUAGAUAUCUUACAGUCUAGGGAAGGCAUCAAAGUUUUCUAUCUCAUUUAUCCUUUAUUAUACACAAAAUGCUGCAAAACUUGACCCCUCUUACCUUUCUCACUGGGGCUAUUUGACAUCAAUUUUUUAAACUCACCUUUUAUGUAGGCUGGCUUUUCAGCCGGUUGAGGGGUCUGGUUUCAAUUCUUGUCCAAAGAAGUAACGAAGGAGGACAAAGGGCUUGUUAUCUAGCCUAUACCAUUCAUGAUGACUCUUAAAUUUAACCGCCCGUGUUGUUAUUUUUGCUAGCCUAAUUACACAGACAAUAUCAUUUAGUUGUUUUGCCCUCGCCUCAGAGAGCAUUUAUGCAUGUUACCUUUUUAGCUCAUGUAUUACCAACACUGAUAUUAUAUUGAUUAAAUAAACUGGUCU